AUGAUGGAAUCAUCUUCAAGAUUAUGGUUCAUCCUACAGUACAUCUACAUCUAUGUCCUCAUGGCUUCAAGUGGCGCGUCAGGACAAUCAUCAGAAUGUGACUCCUUGAAGACUGUGUUUCCGCAAUGUUCGUGCAGCAAAAACCUGGACAGAGUAGGAGCCAUGCUGAGCACAUCUGUUGACUGCUCUUCACGGGGUCUGAAUACAAUCCCCAGCUCCACUACAAGAUUUUAUAUUCAUGAGCUAAAACUUAAUAACAACAGCAUAGUCAGUUUGGGAGAAAGUAUUCUCAGUAACUUUGAUAUCACAAAACUGGAUUUAAGUAACAAUCCAAUUGGCUCAGUUCAUGACCAUGCUUUUGGAUAUUUGGGUAGCCAUCUUAAAAUAUUGAUUCUGAGCGGAAACAACUCUUCACAACCUCCCAAAAAUGCAUUUCAACACCUAACACUGCUAGAAGAGUUGACAUUACAAAAUUAUAAUGUUACUCUAUUGACUCAGUCAUCUGCAUAUUUUCUGUCUUUGGGAAAACUGACACAGCUCACACUGGACAACUGGAAACUGGAGUCCAUUGAUCCAGGUUCUGUUCAGUUACCCAGUUCGACUCGUCUACAGAGUUUGACUUUAUUAAACCAAGUCAUGGUGUCAUUGCCAGUGGAUGAAUUACAUUUACCUGAGCUCCAGUAUUUAAAGAGACUGCAUAUUAGUCACACAAAUAUUCAUGAAAUACCCCCCGGAAGUUUAAGCAGCCUGAACAGUUUGACAGAACUAGAUCUAAGUGACAACAAAAUUACUUCCCUUGACGCUGACUGCUUCACUGGGGUCGGUGACACCUUGGCCAGGCUUUUCCUGUCAAACAACCAGCUAACAAGCAUUAGUUUGCUUCCUGGGCUAGCAGAUCUAACAGACCUCCAAGAACUGGACCUGUCAUUCAACCAGAUAAUCAGUAUUCCAGAUCUGUCAAGGAUUCACACCACCAAGCCUCUAGCUUUAAAUCUCAGCCAUAACGGCAUCAAUGUUGUGCCAGAGAGUGCUUUUGUAGGCAUUGCAGACAAACUAAAGACCAUCGACUUGUCAUAUAAUAGAAUAUCUACACUUCAAGCAAAUUUUGGAAGCUUCACCCAAAUUGAAAGUCUCUUUUUGUCAUAUCAGUCGGCCAACAGCCCUCUAGUGCUACCAUCAUCACUUGGACAAACAGCAGGGACUCUCAAACAACUUUUUGUUGGUGGACAGAAGAUCAGUGAGCCAGACUUAUGGUCCGUAGUUAGACAGCUGUAUAUGCUUGAAGUACUCAACUUAACCUCUGCUCAGUUGACAAGCAUCCCAAAUUUAUCGCUGAGUAAAUUGACACACCUGAAAAUACUUGACCUUUCAAAUAACAGGGUGCAGAAUAUAACACAGGACACACUUGUUGGACCCCGUAACUCUUUAAAGUUUCUGAUUCUCACAGGGAAUUCAAUUUCUACAUUAUCCUCAUGUGUGUUGUAUCAGUAUACAAGCUAUCCAAUUUCCCUGUUUUUGGGCGAGGAUCGUCUUAUCUGUGACUGCUCUGUUGAAUGGCUGUGGAGUAGAAUAAGGAAUGGUAGUAUUACUCAUCUUCCAGGACAAGAAGCAGUAUGCAGAGAUAACCAACCCCUUGCCAACAAAAGUAUGGAUAGCUUCUGCACAUCACCAUCCACAGAACCCCAGUGUAUUGAAUAUUACAAUGCCCCUGACCUAAAACUCACAAUCUCUGUUGAGAAAAUGAGACCAGAUACCAUUCAAGUAUCAUGGCAGUUGUCAGAAACAAGUGAUCUCAAGCAGUUUAUAAUUCAAGUAUCAGACUCACGCAGUCCAUCACCUGUUUGGGAGAGUUCAGUUCCUGCAUCAUUAACUUCCCAAACUGUGAGCAAAUUGGUGGGAAACACAAAUUAUCAAGUCUGCGUUGAAGCUUACUUUAAUAAGACUCACCCCCUUUCUAACUGUACCCACAUAUUCAUUCCUGGAAACAGCACAGUUAGUCCUGAACAGCAAUUCAUUCCUGGAAACAGCACAGUUAGUCCUGAACAGCAGACAGGUUUGAGCCCAACGGAAAUAGGAAUCAUUGUUGGAGUUAUUGUUGGAGUGGUGAUUUUGCUGGCUCUGAUUGGGGCAAUUGUCUAUUUGUUAGUUUUUCGCAGAUGCAGUAAGAAAAAGAUGCCAGAUGGUGUACCGGCUCCACCCAGAAACUUCUCCAAAUCAGAGCUUCCAUCAAUGAAUGAAGAAACAAGAACCUUUGCAAAACCAAAGAGAAGCAGAGAAACAAAUGGCCCAGAGACUAGAGAGGCCAUGCAAGUUGUUGCUAUCAGUGAUGGCCAGACAGGCCAUGGCAGAGUGGGUAGAGCUAAUUUGUUGAAUUCUGAUGGCAGUUUCAAGAAAACAAGAACCAGCAACUCGUCAUCUUCAUCAGGCCAGGUAGCUUAUGAAAAUGAUCAUGGCCCAUUGCCUCCGACACCAAACAGACAGCACUCGAUGCCUCCACAUGUUGGUUACUACAAUAAAGGUUUUAAAGAUGACAGUUAUGAUGAAAUUGUCCCAAAAAGAGAAAGUGUUAUAUAA